ACUCGCACCUUCAGCUUCGGGAAAUAUGCUCUGGGUUGGAAUUUAAUCACUGAGCUCUUUAAUCUUUUUCGUCGCGAUUUAAAAAUGCAGUCUUUACAUUGGAGGAGCAGACGUGGGGAGUGUGUGUGUCUGUAUACCCGCAACAGCGAACUACUUGGGGGAAGGGAGGGCGGGCGUUCAACCAGUGAGUCCUUCUUGGCGGGGCGGUAGAGUGAGCCUCGCUGGCUGGUGCCCGCCAGUUCUCAGCCUAGUCCCUUGGCUAAGCGAGGUUGGAAAGUACUGGAAAUUCUACUGCGUGGUCUCUAACUUUGGAAAUUGACUCCCCUUUCAGUGUGAACGUUUAGGCGAUUUGUUAUCCCGGGUCCCUGUGGAUGACGGUAUUACAGCUCAGUUGGGUGCGGAACCCUUCGCCAGAACCGCGCCAAUCCCCCGCCCGGUCUCUAACUCCCUUUCACCCCCCAACCUUGGCGAGAAGGUUUGUAGAGAUGUAGUUAUCUUUAAGCCACCAACGCAGAGAAACCGGCGCAGGGAGGCAGCUAGGGUUUUGCCGGAAUCUGCAUGCACACUGGUGUAUGACUAGCAGUGGAGAUCGCCCUGCCGCUUUGUAGAAGGCGGCGGGAGGGCACGCUCGGGAUUCCGAGCGCCUGUGGGGAUGGGGGUGGGGGAGAAGGUGCCCACGUGCUGAGCUAGGAGGCCGCGCGCGUACCCAAGGAGAUCUACCAAAUGGCAUCGCGGCAAUUAUAUAAGCUGCCUCGGUGAUUACCCAGGACGGUGAUGCAAGCACUCGGUUCUUGAAAGACAAGCCUGAAAGUUUGCCUGCUUGGGGAGUAUGGGAAAACUGAGAAUCAGAGAGGGCCAGUGAUCCCUCGGCUACUUGGUCAGUAGAAAGGAUCCCUCCCCAUCCUCUGGGAUCCAAUGGCCUUGGAGAGAGGGCUGCAGGGCCCACGGACACUGCCGACUCUUCAGAAUGUGCUGACAUGGAGCCAGAUCACUCUGCCCUGAGCGCGGCGAGGACCCUGUUCGUGGAUGUGGAGGAGCGCGGGCUGGAGGCCAUGGACGUGAAGGAGAGAAAGCCUUACCGCUCACUGACCCGGCGCCGCGACGCCGAGCGCCGCUACACCAGCUCGUCGGCGGACAGCGAGGAGGGCAAGGCCCCGCAGAAGUCCUACAGCUCCAGCGAGACCCUGAAGGCCUAUGACCAGGACGCCCGCCUGGCCUACGGCAGCCGCGUCAAGGACAUGGUGCCACAGGAGGCGGAGGAGUUCUGCCACGCAGGAGCCAACUUCACCCUGCGUGAGCUGGGGCUGGGAGAAGUGACACCCCCUCAUGGGACCCUAUACCGGACUGACAUCGGCCUGCCCCACUGCGGCUACUCCAUGGGGGCCAGUUCCGAUGCUGACAUGGAGGCCGAUACCGUGCUGUCCCCUGAGCACCCCGUGCGGCUGUGGGGCCGGAGCUCAAGGUCAGGGCGCAGCUCCUGCCUGUCCAGCCGGGCCAACUCCAACCUCACGCUCACUGACACUGAGCACGAGAACACUGAGACCGGUGCUCCCUUGCAUGGUUCAUCCACUUCAUCAACCCCCAUUGAGCAGUCCCCCUCCCCGCCCCCCUCCCCUCCGGCCAAUGAGAGCCAGAGGCGGUUGCUAGGCAACGGUGCGGCCCAGCCAGCCCCGGACUCAGACUCUGAGGAAGAGUUUGUCCCUAAUUCAUUCUUAGUUAAAAGUGGCUCCGCCAGCCUGGGGGUCGCGGCAAACGAUCACCCUGGAGGCCCGCAGAACCACCCGCGGCUAAGGACGCCCCCGCCACCGCUCUCUCACGCCCACACCCCCAGCCAGCACCACGCCGCCUCCAUCAGCUCCCUCAACCGGGGCAACUUCACUCCUAGGAGCAACCCCAGUCCGGCGCCCACCGACCACUCGCUCUCCGGAGAGCCGGCCACCGGAGGCGCCCCGGAGCCCGCCCACGCCCAGGACAACUGGCUGCUCAACAGCAACAUCCCGCUCGAGACCAGAAACCUAGGCAAGCAGCCAUUCCUAGGGACAUUGCAGGACAACCUCAUUGAGAUGGACAUUCUCGGCGCCUCCCGCCAUGAUGGGGCUUACAGUGACGGGCACUUCCUCUUCAAGCCUGGAGGCACCUCCCCACUCUUCUGCACCACGUCACCAGGGUACCCGCUGACGUCCAGCACAGUAUACUCCCCUCCACCCCGGCCCCUGCCCCGCAGCACCUUUGCCCGGCCAGCCUUCAACCUCAAGAAGCCCUCCAAGUACUGUAACUGGAAGUGCGCAGCCCUGAGCGCCAUCAUCAUCUCCGCCACGCUUGUCAUCCUGCUGGCAUACUUUGUGGCCAUGCACCUGUUUGGCCUAAACUGGCACCUGCAGCCGAUGGAGGGACAGAUGUAUGAGAUCACGGAGGACACAGCCAGCAGUUGGCCUGUGCCGACGGACGUCUCUCUGUACCCCUCAGGGGGCACUGGCUUAGAGACCCCUGACAGGAAAGGCAAAGGAGCCACCGAAGGAAAGCCAAGUAGUUUCUUUCCAGAGGACAGUUUUAUAGACUCUGGAGAAAUAGAUGUGGGGCGACGAACUUCACAGAAGAUCCCUCCUGGCACUUUCUGGAGAUCCCAGGUGUUCAUCGACCAUCCUGUGCAUCUGAAAUUCAACGUGUCGCUGGGAAAGGCAGCUUUGGUUGGCAUUUAUGGCAGAAAAGGCCUCCCUCCUUCACAUACUCAGUUUGAUUUUGUGGAGCUUCUGGAUGGAAGGAGGCUCCUGGCCCAGGAGGCACGGAGCCUGGAGGGACCCCAGCGCCAAUCUCGGGGAGUGGCACCCCCGUCCAGCCACGAGACUGGCUUCAUCCAGUAUUUGGAUUCAGGAAUCUGGCACCUGGCUUUUUACAAUGAUGGGAAGGAGUCUGAAGUGGUUUCCUUUCUCACUACUGCCAUCGAAUCGGUGGAUAACUGCCCCAGCAACUGCUACGGCAACGGUGACUGCAUCUCUGGGACCUGCCACUGCUUCCUGGGUUUCCUGGGCCCUGACUGUGGCAGAGCCUCCUGCCCUGUGCUCUGUAGCGGGAAUGGCCAGUACAUGAAGGGCAGGUGCCUGUGUCACAGCGGCUGGAAGGGCACCGAGUGUGAUGUGCCUACCAACCAGUGCAUCGACGUGACCUGUAGCAACCACGGCACCUGCAUCAUGGGCACCUGCAUCUGCAACCCCGGCUACAAGGGCGAGAGCUGCGAGGAAGUGGACUGCAUGGACCCCACUUGUUCAGGCCGCGGUGUCUGUGUGAGAGGCGAGUGCCACUGCUCUGUGGGAUGGGGAGGCACCAACUGCGAGACCCCCAGGGCCACAUGCUUAGACCAAUGUUCAGGCCAUGGAACCUUCCUCCCGGACACUGGGCUUUGCAGCUGCGACCCAAGCUGGACUGGACAUGACUGUUCUAUAGAGAUCUGUGCCGCUGACUGCGGAGGCCACGGAGUCUGCGCAGGAGGCACCUGCCGCUGCGAGGAUGGCUGGAUGGGGGCGGCCUGCGACCAGCGGGCCUGCCACCCGCGCUGUGCCGAGCACGGGACCUGCCGCGACGGCAAGUGCGAGUGCAGCCCGGGCUGGAACGGCGAGCACUGCACCAUCGCUCACUAUCUGGAUAGGGUAGUUAAAGAGGGUUGCCCUGGGUUGUGCAAUGGUAACGGCAGAUGCACCUUGGACCUGAAUGGGUGGCACUGUGUCUGCCAGCUGGGCUGGAGAGGAGCAGGUUGUGACACUUCUAUGGAAACUGCCUGUGGUGACAGCAAAGACAACGAUGGAGAUGGCUUGGUGGACUGCAUGGACCCUGACUGCUGCCUCCAGCCCCUCUGUCAUGUCAACCCACUGUGCCUGGGCUCCCCCGACCCACUGGACAUCAUCCAGGAGACACAGGUGCCUGUGUCCCAACAGAACCUACACUCCUUCUAUGACCGAAUCAAGUUCCUCGUGGGCAGGGACAGCACGCACAUCAUCCCUGGGGAGAACCCCUUUGAUGGAGGGCAUGCAUGUGUUAUUCGUGGUCAAGUGAUGACAUCAGAUGGGACCCCGCUUGUUGGUGUGAACAUCAGUUUCAUCAAUAACCCUCUCUUUGGAUAUACAAUCAGCAGGCAAGAUGGCAGCUUUGAUUUGGUCACAAAUGGCGGCAUCUCCAUCAUCCUGCGGUUCGAGCGGGCCCCUUUCAUCACACAGGAGCACACUCUCUGGCUGCCCUGGGGUCGCUUCUUUGUCAUGGAAACCAUCAUCAUGCGACAUGAGGAGAACGAGAUCCCCAGCUGUGACCUGAGCACCUUUGCCCGCCCCAACCCUGUGGUCUCUCCAUCCCCCCUGACGUCCUUCGCCAGCUCCUGUGCAGAGAAAGGCCCCAUCGUACCAGAAAUUCAGGCUUUGCAAGAGGAGAUCCCUAUCUCUGGCUGCAAGAUGAAGCUGAGCUACCUGAGCAGCAGGACCCCUGGCUACAAGUCUGUCUUGAGGAUCAGCCUCACCCACCCCACCAUCCCCUUCAACCUCAUGAAGGUGCACCUCAUGGUAGCGGUGGAGGGCCGCCUCUUCAGGAAGUGGUUUGCUGCGGCCCCAGACCUGUCCUAUUACUUUAUUUGGGACAAGACAGACGUCUACAACCAGAAGGUGUUUGGGCUUUCAGAAGCCUUCGUUUCCGUGGGUUAUGAGUAUGAAUCCUGCCCAGACCUGAUCCUAUGGGAAAAAAGAACAGCAGUGCUGCAGGGCUACGAAAUCGAUGCAUCCAAGCUCGGAGGAUGGAGCCUAGACAAACAUCAUGCCCUCAACAUUCAAAGUGGCAUCCUGCACAAAGGGAACGGGGAGAACCAGUUUGUGUCACAGCAGCCCCCCAUCAUCGGGAGCGUCAUGGGCAAUGGGCGCCGAAGAAGCAUCUCUUGCCCCAGCUGCAAUGGCCUUGCUGAUGGCAACAAGCUCCUGGCUCCCGUGGCCCUCACCUGCGGCUCCGAUGGGAGCCUCUAUGUGGGUGAUUUCAACUACAUCCGAAGGAUCUUCCCCUCCGGGAAUGUCACCAACAUCCUGGAAUUGAGAAAUAAAGAUUUCAAACAUAGUCACAGUCCAGCACAUAAGUACUACCUGACCACAGACCCCAUGAGUGGGGCUGUCUUCCUUUCCGACACCAACAGCCGGAGGGUCUUCAAGAUCAAGUCCACUGUGGUGGUGAAGGAUCUUGUCAAGAACUCCGAGGUGGUUGCAGGGACAGGUGACCAGUGCCUCCCCUUUGAUGACACUCGCUGCGGGGAUGGUGGGAAGGCCACAGAAGCCACCCUCACCAACCCCAGGGGCAUUACAGUGGACAAGUUUGGGCUGAUUUACUUCGUGGAUGGCACCAUGAUCAGACGCAUUGACCAGAAUGGGAUCAUCUCCACCCUGCUGGGCUCCAAUGACCUGACAUCGGCCCGGCCCCUCAGCUGUGACUCUGUCAUGGAUAUUUCUCAGGUUCGCCUGGAGUGGCCCACAGACUUAGCCAUCAACCCAAUGGACAACUCACUUUACGUCCUUGACAACAAUGUGGUCCUACAAAUCUCUGAAAACCACCAAGUACGCAUUGUCGCUGGGAGGCCCAUCCACUGCCAGGUCCCCGGCAUUGACCACUUCUUGCUGAGCAAAGUGGCCAUCCAUGCAACCCUGGAGUCAGCCACUGCUUUGGCUGUUUCACAUAAUGGGGUCCUAUAUAUUGCUGAGACGGAUGAGAAAAAGAUCAACCGCAUCAGGCAAGUCACCACAAGCGGAGAGAUCUCACUCGUUGCUGGGGCCCCCAGUGGCUGUGAUUGUAAAAAUGAUGUCAACUGUGACUGUUUCUCUGGAGAUGAUGGUUACGCCAAGGAUGCAAAGCUGAAUACCCCUUCUUCCUUAGCUGUGUGUGCGGAUGGGGAGCUCUAUGUGGCUGACCUUGGGAAUAUCCGAAUUCGGUUUAUCCGGAAGAAUAAGCCUUUCCUCAACACCCAGAACAUGUAUGAGCUGUCCUCACCAAUCGACCAGGAGCUCUACCUGUUUGAUACCAGUGGCAAACACCUAUACACUCAAAGUCUUCCCACAGGCGACUACCUUUACAACUUCACCUACACGGGGGAUGGUGACAUCACACUUAUCACAGACAACAACGGCAACAUGGUUAACAUACGCCGAGACUCCACCGGGAUGCCCCUCUGGCUAGUGGUCCCAGAUGGCCAGGUAUACUGGGUGACCAUGGGCACAAACAGUGCACUCAAAAGUGUGACCACACAAGGACACGAGUUGGCCAUGAUGACGUACCAUGGCAACUCUGGCCUUCUGGCAACCAAAAGCAAUGAAAAUGGAUGGACAACAUUUUAUGAGUAUGACAGCUUUGGCCGCCUGACAAAUGUGACCUUCCCUACUGGCCAGGUGAGCAGUUUCCGAAGUGACACAGACAGUUCAGUGCAUGUCCAGGUAGAGACCUCCAGCAAGGAUGAUGUCACCAUAACGACUAACCUAUCUGCCUCGGGUGCCUUCUACACACUGCUGCAAGAUCAAGUCCGGAACAGCUACUACAUUGGAGCGGAUGGCUCCCUGCGGCUCCUGCUGGCCAAUGGCAUGGAGGUGGCACUGCAGACCGAGCCCCACCUGCUGGCUGGGACUGUCAACCCCACCGUGGGCAAGAGGAACGUCACCCUGCCUAUUGACAACGGCCUCAACCUGGUGGAAUGGCGGCAGCGCAAGGAGCAGGCUCGGGGCCAGGUCACCGUCUUUGGGCGCCGGCUGCGGGUUCACAACCGAAACCUUCUGUCCCUGGACUUUGACCGUGUGACUCGCACAGAGAAGAUCUAUGAUGACCACCGCAAGUUCACCCUUCGGAUCCUGUAUGACCAGGCAGGGCGGCCCAGCCUGUGGUCACCCAGCAGCAGGCUGAAUGGUGUCAAUGUGACGUACUCCCCUGGGGGCCACAUUGCUGGCAUCCAGAGGGGCAUCAUGUCUGAGAGAAUGGAAUACGACCAGUCAGGGCGCAUCACAUCUAGGAUCUUUGCUGAUGGGAAGACAUGGAGCUACACGUACUUAGAGAAGUCCAUGGUGCUGCUGCUACACAGCCAGAGGCAGUAUAUCUUUGAGUUCGACAAGAAUGACCGCCUCUCUUCUGUGACCAUGCCCAAUGUGGCCCGGCAGACGCUGGAGACCAUGCGCUCAGUGGGCUACUACAGGAAUAUCUACCAGCCCCCCGAGGGCAAUGCCUCAGUCAUCCAGGACUUCACAGAGGAUGGGCACCUGCUCCACACCUUCUACCUGGGCACCGGCCGCAGGGUGAUAUACAAGUAUGGCAAGCUGUCAAAGCUGGCUGAGACACUGUACGACACCACCAAGGUGAGUUUCACCUAUGAUGAGACAGCGGGCAUGCUGAAGACUGUCAAUCUGCAGAAUGAGGGCUUCACCUGCACCAUCCGCUACCGUCAAAUCGGGCCCCUGAUCGACCGGCAGAUCUUUCGCUUCACUGAGGAAGGCAUGGUCAAUGCCCGUUUCGACUACAACUACGACAACAGCUUCCGGGUGACCAGCAUGCAGGCCGUGAUCAACGAGACCCCGCUGCCCAUUGAUCUAUAUCGCUAUGAUGACGUGUCAGGGAAGACAGAGCAGUUCGGGAAGUUUGGCGUCAUCUACUAUGACAUUAACCAGAUCAUUACCACGGCAGUCAUGACCCACACCAAGCACUUCGACGCAUACGGCAGGAUGAAGGAAGUGCAGUAUGAGAUUUUCCGCUCACUUAUGUACUGGAUGACCGUCCAGUAUGAUAACAUGGGGCGCGUAGUGAAGAAGGAGCUGAAGGUGGGACCCUAUGCCAACACUACCCGUUACUCUUACGAGUAUGAUGCUGAUGGCCAGCUGCAGACAGUCUCCAUCAAUGACAAGCCACUUUGGCGCUAUAGCUAUGACCUCAACGGGAACCUGCACUUACUGAGCCCUGGGAACAGUGCACGGCUCACGCCACUCCGGUAUGACCUCCGUGACCGCAUCACUAGGCUGGGUGAUGUGCAGUACAGGAUGGAUGAGGAUGGCUUCCUGAGACAGCGCGGUGGUGACGUGUUCGAGUACAACUCAGCUGGCCUGCUCAUCAAGGCCUACAACCGGGCUGGUGGCUGGAGUGUCAGGUACCGCUAUGAUGGCCUGGGGCGGCGGGUGUCCAGCAAGAGCAGCCACAGCCACCACCUGCAGUUCUUCUAUGCAGACCUGACCAACCCCACCAAGGUCACACACCUCUAUAACCACUCCAGCUCUGAGAUCACGUCCCUCUACUAUGACCUGCAAGGACAUCUCUUUGCCAUGGAGCUGAGCAGCGGCGAUGAGUUUUACAUAGCUUGUGACAACAUCGGGACCCCUCUUGCUGUCUUCAGUGGAACAGGCUUGAUGAUCAAGCAGAUCCUGUACACAGCCUAUGGGGAGAUCUACAUGGACACCAACCCCAACUUCCAGAUCAUCAUUGGCUAUCAUGGCGGCCUCUAUGAUCCACUCACCAAGCUCGUCCACAUGGGCCGCCGGGAUUAUGAUGUGCUGGCUGGGCGCUGGACCAGCCCAGACCACGAGCUCUGGAAGUACCUUAGUAGCAGCAAUAUCAUGCCUUUCAAUCUCUAUAUGUUUAAAAACAACAACCCCAUCAGUAACUCUCAGGACAUCAAGUGCUUCAUGACAGAUGUCAAUAGCUGGCUGCUUACCUUUGGAUUCCAGCUGCACAAUGUGAUCCCUGGCUAUUCCAAACCAGACAUGGAUGCCAUGGAACCAUCCUACGAGCUCGUCCACACACAGAUGAAAACUCAGGAGUGGGACAACAGCAAGUCUAUCCUCGGAGUACAGUGUGAAGUACAGAAGCAGCUCAAGGCCUUCGUCACCUUAGAACGCUUUGACCAGCUCUAUGGCUCCACAAUCACCAGCUGCCAGCAGGCCCCAGAGACAAAGAAGUUUGCAUCCAGUGGCUCUGUCUUUGGCAAAGGGGUUAAGUUUGCCUUGAAGGAUGGCCGAGUGACCACAGACAUCAUAAGUGUGGCCAAUGAGGAUGGGCGGAGGGUAGCUGCCAUCUUGAACAAUGCCCAUUACCUAGAGAACCUGCACUUCACCAUCGACGGAGUGGACACCCACUACUUUGUGAAACCAGGGCCUUCAGAAGGUGACCUGGCCAUCCUGGGCCUCAGUGGGGGGAGGCGAACCCUAGAGAAUGGGGUCAAUGUCACUGUGUCCCAGAUCAACACUAUGCUCAGUGGCAGGACUAGACGCUACACAGACAUCCAGCUCCAGUAUGGGGCACUGUGCUUGAAUACCCGCUAUGGGACGACGUUGGAUGAGGAGAAAGCGCGGGUGCUGGAGCUGGCCCGGCAAAGAGCCGUAAGCCAGGCUUGGGCCCGCGAGCAGCAGAGACUGCGAGAAGGGGAGGAAGGCCUGCGGGCCUGGACAGAGGGGGAGAAGCAGCAGGUGCUGAGCACAGGGCGGGUGCAAGGCUACGAUGGCUUCUUCGUGAUCUCUGUCGAGCAGUACCCAGAACUGUCAGAUAGCGCCAACAAUAUCCACUUCAUGAGACAGAGCGAGAUGGGCCGAAGGUGACAGAGAGGGCCAAGGCCUGGACUUCUUGCCAAAGACAGCUACUCUUUUGUGGCCGCAUACCUGACUGUGUUGUACUUUAAAAACAAUCCUUUUUUAACAAGUGCAGAAAACAAAAUGAUACUGGUUGCAUUGUAAUUCAUGCAACAUCCUUUUUUUUAAGAAAAGAAAAACACAGACUUGGCCUUCACACAUUUUUUGCAAAGAACAGAAGGUAUUUUUGUUUUUCUGUAGUGUGAUCACAAUGAAAACUUUAUUGUCUUUUGUUCCUAGAGGAUUUUUCCUUGCUGUUUGGGGUAUGUCUCUCCUCUCUGAGACACAUCUCCUGGGGUGUGUCCUUGUCCGUCCCUCGGUACCCAGUGUGAGGUGAGACAUGAGUGUCUGUGCUAACUUGUCUCAUGUGCAACCCUUUCUUCUCCAAUUGGGGUCAGGCAGGAAUGAUGGGUGCAGACAGUAAGGGGCCAGUGCAACAUCCCUUCCAAGGGGGCCUGGGAGAAGGGUCUUAGGACCUGAAGCUCCUUGCUAAGCUCCCACAGCUGAGUGGUGAGUUUUUACACACUGUGUUCUAUGCCUCUGGAGGACCACAAGUGGCAUCGUCUUGCUCCGGGGAAUUUCAUGAUAUCGUUCAGCACCUUUUCCAAGCUGCCCCAAACUCUUGUCCAAGCUUUAUACUUCGAUGCUAAAUGAAAUCCCCACCCCUUUUGCAAAUCCCGUGUAGUUGUCAGUGCCAUCUCCAUACUGGGAUAGAGAAAGUGACUCCCAGGUCCUUUUCCCAGUCUGGUGACAUAAUAUCCUGGGACCAAAAGCUUCAUCCUCCCCAGGAGGAGAAAGCUCCCGGAUGUCUGUGCUUAGUUGAUCUUCCAUGAAGUUCUUUUUCAUCUCCUCCUUUCUCCCAAAGUUAGAUGCGAGAACCAGCACUGCACAGCAAGCCCUUAAUGUGGGCACCGUGUCCAGGGAUGGGUAGGUACCCCCGCAAAGAGAUGACAGUGGUGGCAAGGGCACAGCCUGCCUCCUGAGGGGAAACCCUCUCCCUAUGACUUGGGUGUCUUCCUUCCACUGCUCAGCUGCCACCACUGAGAAUUGGGAGCAUGGCAGGAGGUGCUUGGUGGCCUUUGAUUCUGGAAAGAUGCUUAAAAAAACCGUGAGCCAAAGAGCAAGGGCAUGAGCCACGCAUCCUUCUAACUGCCUCUCAUAUGUGGGCUGGUUGCAGAGCUGGGAUGCAGCAAGAUAAGCUUUCGGGAAAUCCCUGAAGUUCUUAUAGAACAGCUUCACCUCUAGGGAAGGCCAGCCAGGGUUCUUUUAAAGGUAAGGAGAAAAGAGGAAGAACCAAUUUGGUGUGACCUGCCUGGGUCAUGCAAGCCCAUCAGGCUUGGGGGCAGGUCCCAAGGCAGGUGCCCCUGGAUCUGGGAGGCCAGGCUGGCAUGGCUUCUGCGGAGACCUGUGCCUGCAUUGUCAGGAAAAGGCUCAAGCCCCCUCAGGAUCAAGGCUAGCCCCCACCUGAAGGACAGGCCAGGGGACACCAUGAGGGAAGGGAGAGGAACAGCAUGAGCGAAGGACUCCUUGUUUGAAGAUUCCAUUCCUGGUUCAUCUACCUAAUUGCCAUUGUCAUCACCACUCACAGGAGGCUCUGGGAGACAGGAGGAGAAGCCAAAUGCUUCCUUUUAAGUUGGGCUUCUUAGAAAAUGGGACUUUUAUGGGUUACAUUUACAUUAAGUGUGGAAAAUGAAUUCUGAGUCUGAGCUAUUCCCUGUGGAAACCUUGUUGGACUGAUAAGCUCAUGGCACCUUUAUAGCCUUACUCACAGAGUCUCCAGAAUAUUACACAAGUUAAUGAAACCAAGAAGGUCUCUUACUGCAUAAGAAUUGGAGCAAUGUGUGGUCUGAGUUCUGCUGGCAGAGGGAGGCAUCUGGAGCUUCUCGGGGAGCAGAGAUUUCGCCUUACGUCAUCCCACUGGGAUUAAGGAUGUGUUUUGCUAAGUGCUCUUUCCUGUUUCCAAAAAAGUCACACUGCCGUGACAGUGUGCCUCAGCCUGUCUGUCCACGGGUUGCCCAUCGCCUCUGGUCCAGGGCUCUGCCGAGUCAGAUUCAGUGCUCCUCAGCCCCACUGUGCAUGGCAUGAUCUGGGAUGGGGACUCCCAUCUGGCAGGAUUGUUCUUGGAUGGGAUGGAAAACAGUUUGGCUUGAAGAACACAGUUUUUUGGUUGUUGUUUUUUAUUUGUUUGUUUGUUCAUUUGUUUUGUUUGUUUUUGUUUUUUAUCCAAAAGAGAUUUAUGCCUCUUGAUAUACAGGGCCCUUGGGCAAAGCUCUCCUGCCCAGUUGAUCAGCCCCAUCCUGGCUGCCUGACAUCAGUCAAGAUCUGCUGCUAGGCACAUGCACUUGGAGGUCAGAGAAAGCAUGUGGUCCAGGGAAACCAUCAUGCCCACAUUUUUCUAGCCCUCUGUCCUCCUCCACUGCCACUUCCCCAAAGAAAUGUGUGGACUUUUAAGGAUCAAAAAACAUAGCAUUAUUGGGCAUUUUUUUUUUAAAGGAAUGAUCUUGUGGUUUUCUUGGGCUGCAUACCAUCAUAGAGGCCCAGCUUCUGUAGAGGGAAAAGUGGAAGAAUCCCCAAGCUUUAGAGAAAGAAUAUCAGUUGUGAGACAGGCAGCAUGAGGCACCUCAGUUUCCCUUGGGUGGUAUUGUGUUGGAGAUGGCACUUCGGCCCUUCUGUUUGGUUUCCAUUCAGGCUGGCAGUGCCUCGGUGCAUCCCCUCUCACCCUGUUCUCUUGCUGAGAUCAGCAGUUCCAAUCCCGUGAUGAGGGGAUGUUCGAAGGCAUAAGCCAGAGUUCACUGUAUCUACUUAGUGGACUAUAAGCAUCAACUCUCAUCCUGAUGGUACCUCUUGGCACUAACCAACCCAAUCUGUCCAUUUCUUAGCAUAACCAGCCCUCCCUCACUGGCCCAGGUUCAUGACUAUGCUGGGUGUUCUAGCAGAAGGUCUAUUUUACAGUAGCUCCGCCUUUCACAGCUGCCAGUUGCCCCUCAUCCUCAGUCCCUCUCCUGCUGCCUGAUUCCUCAAAUUUGUUUUUCAUAAGGGAUUUCCUUUUUCCCACCCUCCCAACAGCACUGGAGGGCAGAGCUGUGACAACAGGAAGAGCAGGAAAACACUCCAUGGUAAACUGCACCUAUGUCAGCCUCUGACACAUGUCUCUCAGAAUUGUUGGCUGAGAAUUAAACCCAGGACCACACCAGUGCCCAAAUUCCACUUAGGGAUGGAGGAUUUGAAACAUUUUCUAAGAAAGUGAGCAGAAGGUGAGGAUGGCCAGGAGAUGUGCUUUCAAAUAAGCAGGAUGGGGCGCCAGCAGGUGCAGAGGGCAGGGACGUGAGUCAAACUGGUUGAUAUGUUAUAGACAUGGAACAGGGAGUACAUAUUUUAAAAAAGAAGAAGGACCUUUUCACCUGUUACUUUUAAGUAUCACCUUUAUAGAUGGCAAGGAUUUCUGUUACGCUUUCGAUGUGAAAUCUUAGAAUGCCAUUUUACCGUUUGCAGCCUUAUAUUUGCAGUGGUCACAUGGUGAGGGCCGUGAUGCUGAGCUUUGUAUCCAGGAGGAAUGAAGCCCACAGCAGGGUCCUGGGCUUUGGGACUUGAUGACCAGAUGCUUAAAGUCCAGUCUAUUCUCCAUUUCUCAUAGCAGCCCCCAGGAGCUGGUUCUGGUCCUGUCAGGAACCUGCUUCCAGAGGGGUCCCAGUAAGAACCCAGGCUCUCCUUUCCCUUGGGAUCUUCAUUAGGACAAAAAACCCUCCAUUCAAGGCACAAAAUUCCCAGCUAGGUUUAUAUAUUUGUCUAUAUUUUAUUGGAGGGAAUUAGGAAAAGAACUCUGUAGUUCAAGGCCCUUUCAUUUAACCUUCCAAAAAUAGCAAACUCAUUUUAAAGACUCAUUGCUCAGGUGAUAGGGAGAAACUUUAUCCUCUCCAACCUUUACAUUCUAGAAACCAGCCUUGUGUACUUGACUGCCCCAGAGAGUGGUGAGCUCUUAGGUUUCAUUAUGCAUGUGGACGAUCAGAGCAGGGGAGGCCUGGGGGGGUGGGGCAGUGUUGUGUUUCUCAUCCCCUCUGGAAUGCCAAAGGCAUGAUAUUGGGUGACCUCCUGGUCCCCAAGAAAAUGUGAUUUAUUCUGAAGGCAAACUGCCAAGGGAGGACUGACCCUUGGGCAGGCUCAGCUAUUCUGGCAGAAGCUGAGUCGCAGGUGUCUGGCGGUGCCCCAGCAGCCCUGGAUUCACCCGACACCAGAAUCCCACUUUUCUAAAUCCGCCUGUUGUUCUGAGGACUUCUGAACCCACGGCUUCGGCAAAGAGACUUUGUACCAAGCUGCCUCUGGAUGACCAACACUGGAGACUCUGGCCUUACCAUGUGAAAAUAGUUUUCCUGAAGUCUGGAACUAAUUUUGAGAAGUUUUUUUCUCAACAUUUUUGUGUUUCUAACACUGUAUCUUGACUGUGUAAAUACCAACAAGGCUGUAAAUAAAUGCAGAUGUAGAUACCUUCUAGAAAAAGAAAAAAAACAUAAAAACAAAAUCAGAAGUGAUCCUGUGUAGCCUUCGUUGACAAAUAAAAGACUAUUUUGUGUUUAAA